GGAGCCGCUCGGCGGAUCAUGUGGAGCGGGCGGCCGCUCGCAUGCGGCGCGUGGUUUCACCUUCAGGGCGGCGGCGGACGGCUCGGCGCGCCCUUCCCCGGCAGUGGCCGCCGGCCAGGCGAGGAGGUGAUCUAUGCCAUCCAUUUACAGAGCACACAGAAGUGGUGCUUCGGACUCUCUUGAGCAGCUGAAAGGAGAAACCUUACCCAGAGAAUGAAGCAAUAAAACAUCUCUCUGCAGAACCGUAUGAUUGAAAACACAGUCCAGCCCUCCUCUGCUGCCGGACAUGCUUUUGUCCUCCUGCCCUGCUCACCUGAUGUUGCAGUAAUACAGAUGGAUCGUAGAAGAGAGGCAGAAAUGGAGCUACGGAGAUCCUCCAGCCCAGGCAAGCUAAGCAAGAAUGACAUGGACACUGACAAGACCAUGUGCCACAGCUGCUGCAUCUGCGGUAAAAGUUUCCCUUUUCAGAGCUCCUUGUCACAGCACAUGAGGAAGCACACGGGUGAGAAGCCCUACAAAUGCCCUUACUGUGAUCACAGAGCUUCCCAAAAGGGCAACCUCAAGAUCCACAUCCGUAGUCACAGAACAGGCACUUUAAGUCAGGGGCACGAGGCGGAGAUGGGAGAGGCGCAGCUGGGGGAGAUGGGCGUUUCGGAGGGCCUUGGCGGGUGCACCAGCCCCACUAAAAGUACAUCUGCCUGCAACAAGAUCUUGAAUGGUACUGCUCAGGUUGAUAGCAGCAAGAUCUUGUUGAGAAGCAGCAAGAAGGAGGUCAUGGAGGCGGUUCCAGCCGAGGUAGAUGGCAAACUGACCUCUUACCAGUGCACCUUCUGCAAAAACAAAUUUGAAAGGAAGAAAGACCUGGAGCAGCACCUGCACCAGGUCCAUAAACCAUUCAAGUGCAGGUUGUGUAGCUACAUGACCCUGAGGGAGGACAUGCUGUUAAGCCAUGUAGAGAAGGACCAUGCUCAGGUCCCAAAUGGGGGGGCCUACACUGAGAACUGCAAGAGUGAGCUGAGCGCGGGCGAGUUUCCGUGUGAAGUCUGCGGUCAGGCUUUUAGUCAAACCUGGUUCCUGAAAGCUCACAUGAAAAAGCACAGGGGGUCAUUUGAUCAUGGGUGCCACAUUUGUGGCAGGAGAUUCAAAGAGCCCUGGUUUCUCAAAAACCAUAUGAAGUCACACGGCCCCAAGACCGGGAGCAAAAACAAACCAAAAAAUGAUUUGGAGCUCAUAGCCACUAUCAAUAACGUGAUACAGGAAGAGACGAUCGUGACAGGCCUAUCUCUGUAUGAAGUUUGCACCAAGUGUGGAAAUCUGUUUACAAAUAUGGAAAGCCUGAAAGCGCAUAAUGCUGUUCACUACCGAGCACAGAGGGGCAGCACUGGGGAUAAAGCUGAGGACUUAAUUGAUGGGAGCCUAAGCUCGUCAGUAACGAAGCAGUUUUUCUUGCAGUGUCUCAAUCUACAGCCGUCUGUAGGGCUGGAUAGAGUUACAAGAGGACAGCCUGGGAAAAGGGUAGCCGAGCUGGAUCCUGUCAGUAGCUACCAAGCUUGGCAGCUGGCCACCAAAGGAAAAGUAGUAGAGCCCUCGGAGUAUGUGAAGUAUGUGGGAUGGGACGAGGCCCUGGCGGAUGCAGACGUGACUUAUGACAAGGAUAAGAGAGAGUAUAUCCUUGUCAACCAGGAGAAACGCAAGCGAGACCAGGACUCCCCCAGCUCUUCCAGUAACCCCAAGAAGAAGAGCUGCACCAGCGGGCGCUUGGAGAAAACUGGCAGCACCCCGUCGGGGGAGAGCUGCCCGCUCGCCCAGGGGGACCUGGACUACCGCCCUGCCUCGCGGCAGAGCCGGCGGGCCACCCAGAACAAGUCCACCGAGUGCUUCGAGUGCGGCAAGAUCUUCCGCACCUACCACCAAAUGGUGCUGCACUCCCGGGUGCACCGCAAGGAGCGCAGGAGCUGCGGUGAGGGGGGGACGGCUGCCCAGCCGGACCGCUAUGGCUCGAGCAGUGAGGAAGGGGACUCGGGGUCUGUCAGUGGGCCCAGCACCCCCGGAUCUGCGUCCGCCCCAGAGGACUCGGUCACCUCCGGCCUGGGGGAGGAAGGGGCUGAGGAGAGCUCAGAGGAGGGAGCAGCCAACCCCUUGCUAGAUGAAAAGCCAUACCCCUGCAAGUUUUCUAAAGAGGAAACCCCGAUGGUAACAUCUCAGUUGGAUGAACUCCCGAAGCUGGGAAGCCGCAACAACAGAGAGAAUGACACCAAGGAAUCCAAACCAGAGAUUCCUGCACUGGUGUCAGCACUGGAGAGUGUCAUCAAGGAGCCCUUUUCAAAAUACCAAGAUCUAACAGGUUCUGCAGACAUAAAGAUGCCAGCAUUUCACUACAGUCAGGGGCUUCCUUGCUCCAGUCGCAUUAGUAGCUUUGCUUCGGGUGUGGGCCAGACAUCUUCAAACAUGGUCAUGAACUUGAAAACAUCACUUGAAGUGCAGGCUAGCUGUGCUAGAGAAAAUUUGCUGGACUUGCCCAGGGAGCAUCCUCUGGUAGAAAAAGGUGCUGAAGCUCAAGAGGCAGCUGCACUCGAUUUGAGUGAAAAAUCAACAAGGGAUAAUUCAUGCAAUAAAAAUCUGAAUACAUCCUUGCAGGCUGCUUUAAUUGUCUACCCGUGUCCUUUCUGCAGUCACAAGACCUACUACCCUGAAGUCCUGUGGAUGCACAAAAGAAUUUUGCACAAAAUCAGCUGUAAUUCGAUGGUCCCCCCUUGGGUUCAACAGAAUGGAUUCAAGAGUGUUAAAAACAACCUGGUCUUUCUGGCCAGGAGUGGGCGUACUGGCCCCCCUCCUGUUCUGGGCGGUAAGGAAUGCCAGCCUUUGCCCAUAGCCAGAUUUACACGCACUCAAGUGCCAAGUGCAUCACCAGGGUCCAAAAGCAGCUGUCUUUCUGUUGGGAUGACUGGGAAGUCUGGGAGUACUCAUCAAUCAAAGGAUAGUCAUGCCUUCAGCCACUGUGGUCCACGCUUAUCAGGUCUGGAUGGGUAUAGACAGCCCAAGUUAAACCAUACCCAGGAGCAAUACAGCAUAGCAGCACAACAAAAAAGUAAAUACGAAGCAAAUUCCAAACUUAUGCAAAUGGGAGCCUAUAGCAGAAGCGUAACGCCUACUCCAACGGUCAUAUCCAGGUCUAGCACACAGCCCACCAACAGUAAGCAAGCAGAAAAGUAUGUGGUUCCCCAAGGAAGUACUAGUUUUGUCCCUCCAGGUAAGCACUGUGUGUCCGACUCCAUGAAGGCCAAAUUCAGCCCACCACCACAGUAUCAUCCUCUGUGUAAAAGUGAGCAGUACACUAAACAUGAAGAGCCACCGGUGCCUCAGAGGGAGUCUCAUGUGAAGGCUGGGAAUGAGAUGAGGACAUUGGCAAACUGCACAACUGUAGCACGAGUGAGUCCGCUGCUGCAGCCCCAGCCUAGCGCUGCAGGAGUUUCUCCGGUUUUACACUCCAGCAAACAGGAUUUGGGAUCAGAUGGGCACGAGAAGCGUUUGGACAUUUUAAAUAUCUUUAAAACAUACAUUCCAAAGGACCUUGCUUCAUUGUACCAAACCUGCGGUGCCAACAGCCCUGUCCUGGAUCACACAGGGAUGCUCAGGACACAAACACGCCAAGGAGACUGCGUCUGCAGAGAAUGUGGAAAAUGCUUUACCCAACCCAGUCACCUCAGGACUCAUCAGAGGUCUCACGCAGUGGUAUUUGAGUCUAAUGGACUCCGAGGUACUGAAGUUCACACCACCUCCGCAGAUGCCCCAAAACAAGGGAGAGACCACGGCAGUGCAGAGGUCACCCACACGCUGCGUCUCCGGAAGGGAACCUAGAGCCCUGGCGGAGGAGCCCCCACCGUGGAGGGCAGCCCCCCGUUGUCUGCGGAGCAGCCUCUCUCCUUCCCUCCCUCCCUGCCAGCUAUUGCCUCGCCCAGAGCCACCGAGCGAGACCAAGCCCAGCGCUCUGCGAGGAGGGGGUGCCUCUGCGCUGUUAAUCAUCUUAAAAUAAAUGAAGAUGCUACACAAGAUAUAUAUAAAUUGACGUACUAAUCAGUCCCAUGGUUCCUUAUUUCCUUUGUAAUAAACAGUGGAGUUGGCAAGCACUGUGGCAGCACAAGGCAUCUAUAUUAAUCAAGAGAAGUUUGAGACACUGGAAAAAUUAAACUUUAUGUGAUUUGGACAGCAUGAAGAAGUUAAGCACUGUAACAAAAACCUCCCUGAUGCUCACAAUGACUAUUUGAUACAUUUGAAAAACAGCAGUGGAUUCGAGGGCUGGAGAAGUAUUAAUUAAUGAAACUGCCACUGCCUGUCAUGCUGAAAAUCAAAUUAAGGGAAAAAAAAAGAAUCAACAACAACAGAGAGAGAAAGAAAGGGGGGUGCGGGGAAAAGGUGGCAUUUGGUGCUGAGAAAGCAAUGCUUGAUGAAGGAUUAAAGGGACUAAAGAGAAAGACCGUCAUUCUGCAAUGGUUUGUUUCAUUACAGUUUGGGGACCACUUGCAUUUCUAGUGCUCUUGCUCUUGACUGCGCACCAUUAAUAGUAUGUGAAUAUGGAAAUUGAAACACUUCCAGAGAAAAGCUUCUAUUCUGCUUUGGAAAAGACAAGCUAGUCAAACACUAAGAGAAAAAAACAGGCUUCUGUGUUUUACUCUCAGGACCUUUUUUUUUUUUUUUGCAACAGGGCUACUUUCUUCAAUCUGAUCACAAAGGAAGUCUUCACUUUUUUUAUUAGAAACAAAAAAGAGAAAUAAUACAUUAAAACACUCAGCUGUCUAACACCGCUGAUCUGUACCUUUAGAAGAGAAAAGGUGUCACUGAGCAAGUUGGGGCAGCCCUGGGCCCGUAAGGUACUCGCUGCUCCUGCGUUUGGUUCAGCAGGCCAGCUGCGCUCCACCUCGGGCCCAGUGACGUUUUGGCAAGACGAGGAACUUAUUUUGUGGUGGCAGGUUAAUGUUCAUAUAAAUGUGUCAUGUCUUGUACUUGGUGAUCACUGGUGGUGUUAGGAAAAAAAAAGAAAAAAAAAAAGCUUUAUAUACCUCUUCUACCGUAACUCUUUAACUGCAAGUUUUCAAGGUGGGGUUGUGGCACAUAACAGGUUGUUAAACCAUGCAGUGUAAGCAAUUAAAAAUGUAUUCCACAGAUAUAAAUAUUUUCCUUUCUUAUUGCUGUGACACUAUGUGUGAUGGUAAUAUUUCUGAGAGUUUCAGAUUUUGCACAUAUAAUUUUAUGCAUUAUCAAAAGUUACUGCUGCCUUGAAAGAAAAUGUUCUGUGAAAAUUUUUGCAAAAGCUUUACUAGUUUGUUUUUUUUAAAUUGUAACGUUUUGUAAAGGCAGGAAAUGGAUUAAAAAGAAAAAAAAACAACCUAGCAUGCUAAAUAUAUUUUUCAAGAAAGCAAUAAUUUUACAUGUACAGAAAUAAUGCUAACCUUUAAUACAGGUGAGAGCAACAGUUUACUUAAUACAUUAACGGAAUAGUGCUGUUUUUGUAGACAUGGGCUUCUGACACAAAGAUUUGUUUAAAAAAACAAAAAGCAGAGAAAACCUUAAAGCGUGAUCUUCCUGUUCUAACAGUUCUGGUGGGUGGGGGGUUGCUUUUUUAAAGAACUCUAGUCAGUAAUUGGUUCUGGAUACUACUUGUUACUUGUUUUAAAUUACUUGACAGUUUUUGUUACUUCGCAACACUUGCAACAAUGCAAAUUAACUUUCUUAUGUAUUUUUUUUUUUUUUUAACUAGUUUUUCCUUAUGCUAUUACACCAGAUGUAUACCAGAAUCCUCUGUAAGUCUCGGUGUAGUUAGGAAUGUCUGUGCAAGUACUUUUAAGUGACUGUAAUUAACUGUUCUGUGAAGUUAUUUUGAGGGAGGUCGCAUAGACACAUUCCAUUGUACACCAAAAAAAAAGGAGAAAAAAGAAAAACUGAACUAUUUUUCUGUGUUGCUUUAUGAUUAUCAUUUUGGGUUUGCACUAGCUUGCUCGGUUUGGUUUGGGUUUUUUCUUUUUUUUUUUGUUUCACUUUUGUUUUGUUGCUUUUCUGAAUCAUAUUUUCCAUGAGUGGAAGUAACAGUGACAGUUCAGGACUGCACAAAAGCUAGUUGCUUAGCCUAUUUGUUUGUGUUUUAGUUAUUAAAAACUCUUCUGUACCCAAAAUGGCAUGAAAGUGUACAUUUGUAAUUCUCUUUAUUGUAUUCUUUUUGGCAAGCAGAUCUAGAGAAUCUGAGUUAAUAUUUAGAGCCAAAUGCUUCUUUCUGGAGGUUUUCUUCCAGAAUCUCUGACAGAGAAGCUAGUGCUGUCACUGCCAUUACCAGGGUACUAAUCAGCAAAGUUUACAAUCAUAAUUUAGCUCCAUGAAGAACAACAGUAGGGGAAAUCAGUUUAAAUAAUUAUAUGCUGUGUAUAGCACAGAAAUGAGAUUUUCACUUAAUUAAACAAGAAAUAAGAGUUGGGUGGGGGAGAGCCAACCUUAAAGAACAUCUGUUUUCAGAAGCGAAUCCCGCGAUUUCUGUUUUCUUCUUUAUCAUUGUAUUGUAUUGAUUUGUUAUUUUAGUUAGGCCAUAGUAUUUAAAAUGAGUUGUGUUCCUUAUUUAUUUAGUCAAUGGGCUUUGAUCAGCUCUUUUAAGCAACGUGAUAACUUUUUUUUGGCAUGACACGCUCCUGUAAAGCCCUUUUAUGACUGUUACAGGGACUUUCUACUACCUCUACCAAUCUACUGUUUCUUCUCUUAACAGGUUUUUAUGGUGUUGCAAGUCUAAUGUAACUUAGACAAUAAAGGGUUUGAUUAUCUACGCUGCA